UGAGAUGGAGAAGUACAGGCCAGAGAAAGUGAUAAGUUGGCUAUCUGCCCAGAGCAGAACAAGUGGGGGUUUGCAGCAGCGGGGAGAGAUAGGCUCCCCUGAAUAGUAACUGCAUUGUUCUAGGAAUGUGAAGGCUUCUCCUAUUAAUUAAUUAUCUCUCUGCUGUGAAAUAGAAACUCAGAAACUUAGAGCGCAAAGUCCAGCCUCUAUGCAAGCAUAUGUACAAAUGUAAUGAACUGAUUGGUUCUUUGGGGCUGAAUGUUGAUGCCUAGGGGUGGAGGAAAAUCUUUAUAAACUCUUGUUAGUCUGUAAGAGGUACGCUCCUUGGACUUUUGCCAAAAGGCACCAGGGGUCGUCCUCAGCGCUGAGAAAUAAACCUUUGUCUCUUUCACUAUCCGUGUCAAUGGUCAUUUGCUCAGAACUGAUCUCAUGACGGGGUGAAGAUCUUGCUACAGCAUUCCUUCCUUCCUUUAGUCUCCAAACCCCAGCACUGUGGAACAUUUUAUCAACUGCACAGGAUCCCUGUUGAACAGAUUAAAUAAUAAGUAUCAGUCAAAUGGAAUGUGGGAUAUGUAGCCAGGUUGUUUGGUCUGCCAGGUGAAGUUUUGGGAGCUGAGGUUUGGAAAUUGUAAACAAGACCCAUAAUGAAUGGAUAAGAAAUGCCUCGUCUUGCAAAGGAAAAGAUGGCAUCGGAAUAGGGCUUGACAGGAGGACAGAUUCAGGCGGUGACUGGAAAGGAGACAGGGCUAGGAGCUGAAAUGGAGGAGCUGCAUUCAAAAGGUCAUGGCUCAGGAGAUGGACUGAAGGUAGAGGAGGAGGAAGACGAAAACUCUCAGGUUGCCCAGUGUGGAGCUACUGAGGACUUGCGAAGAUGGUCAGCGUCUCCUCAGGUGAAACAGGAACCAGACGAUGAACUGGGGGAUCAUUGGGAAGCCCAGUGGCAAGAAUUCUUGAAAGCCACACCAUCCCUUCGCUUGAGACUUGAAGACUCACCAACCCCAGACCGCCCACUGUGGAGUGACACAAAAGCCUUGCUAGCCUCAUUUGAAGGAGCAGCUGACGCCUGCCGGUGGAGUCGAGGAGAGUGGGUGACUCAUCUUAUGCCAGCCUUUGGCAGAGGAGCAGAGCGGGCCAUGAGCAAUGCCGAUACCUGUGAGAUGGGGUCCUCCAGGAAGGCCAGAGAAGACUCUGUUGGUACAGAAAGGCAGGACCAGCAGCUGUGCUCCCAGAAGGCCGAGGGACCCCAUGAGGUAUGCUGCAGGCUCCGGGAACUUUGCCACCAGUGGCUGAAGCCAAAGACACCCAUGGAGGAGCAGGUCUUGGAGUUGGUGAUUUUGGAGCAGUUCUUGACCAUCCUACCACUGGAUAUGCAGAGCUGGAUCAGAGAGCACCAUCCAGAGACAUGUACCCAAGCUGUAUCCCUGGCAGAGGACUUCCUGUUGAGGUGGCAGGAAGCUGAGAGACGGGACUUGGAGGUCCCAGGGCUCUUGGGGAUGAUGGCCGCCAACUUCCCCACAGUGGAGUGGACACUCUCCAACAUCUGGCAGAGGCAUCUCAGCAGAAGGGGCAAGCAGGAGGUCGGCGGGAGUGACAGUUUGCUCGAUGGGUGGAGAAGUGAGAAUGAGAAGAAUUCCACACUCAAAAUAAGCGAGCUAGUGUCAUCACUGAGGCAAUCCAAGGAGAACGUGAUCCAGGGUUGUAAUAGCAAGGGGGAGCCCUCUAAGAAUCUGGGUAGAUCAGAGAGGAAGCAGGAAUCCCACAGAGAGAUAAGACUGAAUACAUUGGCCAAUUGUGCAGGAGGUAACAACGCUGCUGACCUUGGCUCAUCCAUGGUUCAGAGGAGACUUUGUGAUGAUGAGAGGGAAGGAAUCUUGGAUACGUUUUCUGACCUGGCUGUGCAUGAGGGAAUGAGUCCUGGCAUUAAACUGUAUGAUUGCUCGGACUGUGGGAAAAGCUUCUCCCGGAGUUCGAACCUUAUUAGCCACCAGAGGACCCACGCAGGUGAGAAGCCGUACAAAUGCUCAGAAUGUGGGAAAGGCUUCACCCGCAGCUCAAACCUCAUCAACCACCAGAGAACCCACACAGGAGAGAAACCGUACAAAUGUUUAGACUGUGGGGAGAGCUUCUCCCGCAGCUCGCAGCUCAUCAGCCACCGGCGAAUCCACACAGGGGAGAAGCCGUACCAGUGCCCUGAGUGUUGGAAAUCCUUCAGCUUGCGCUCGCUCCUGAUUAGGCAUCAGAAAAUCCACACUGGGGAGAAGCCCUACCAAUGUGCCGAGUGUGGGAAACGGUUCAUCGAGAGCUCUGAACUCAUUACGCACGAGAGGACCCACACGGGCGAAAAGCCAUACAAAUGCGGCGUCUGUGGGAUCAGCUUCUGUCAGAGUUCUAAUCUCCUUGCACAUACCAGAACCCACACUGGAGAAAAGCCCUACCGGUGCGCCAGCUGUGGGAAGAGUUUCAGUCGGAGCUCAAACCUCAUCGUGCAUGAGCGGACGCACACAGGGGAGAAACCGUACGAGUGCUCCUUCUGUGGGAAAGGCUUCAGCCAGAACUCACGCCUUAUUAGUCACAAGAGAAUCCACACCAGAGAAAGCAUGUGCCUGCACUGGGAGGCCGUGGCCGACGACUUCCGACCCGAGGAGUCCCAGUACCAGCAGAGACUGCAAGUCAGAACAGAAGUAAGAUACUCCCCAAAGGCUCGAGUGGGAAAGAGAGAAGAAAAAGGGCAAGCUUGGAGAAGGCCAUUCUUGGAGAAAAUGGCUGCUGAGAAAGGGAUUGUGAGAGAGCCUUUUCCCCUGUUCCAAGCUGGAGGGCAAAGAGAAGAACAGGGCCUAAUAAGCCCCAAAGCAGAGGAAGAAUUGGAGGAGACGAGAGAAACUCCUCCCAGCAUCCAGACUGGGAGUACUGGGGAAUUUCCAAAAAGGCUAGCAUCUUCACAGAUCAAAGAAGAGACAGAUGAUGGACUGACAGAUUCCUGGGAUCCUCAGUGGCAGGCUUUCCCAAAAGAACUGCAAUCCUUUCACUCGGGAUGGGGGAACUCACAGUUCACAGAGCCUUCCCCCUGGGACAAUCCUGAGGCCUUCCCACCAUCUUUUGUGGGAGCAGCGAACUCCAGCCAUCAGCCUAGAGGAGAGCGGGUGGGCCAGCUCCUGCCUAGCCCUAACCACGAUGCCCAAGAGACAGACGGCAGACUGUUUGCUAAAACUGAAGCAGACUGUGGGAAGGUUGAGAAGAUCCCGGAUGAGGAGGCCAUUGGCACAGAGAUGCACCGCCAGCACUUCAGGCAGUUUCGCUACCUGGAAGCGGAGGGUCCCCGCGAGGUUUGCAGUCGGCUCUGGUUCCUUUGCUAUCAGUGGCUGAAACCAGAGAAGCGCAGCAAGGAGCAGAUCCUGGAGCUGCUGAUCCUGGAGCAGUUCCUGACCGUCCUGCCACCAGAUAUCCAGAGCUGGGUGAAGGAACGAGGCCCUGAGACGUGUGCCCAAGCGGUGGCCCUGGCAGAGGAUUUCCUGCAGAGGCAGGAAGAGCCCCUGAGAAUACACUGUGAGGCCUCCGAGCCUCUUGGGGCAGGAGAGAGAAACUUCGGGUCAUUGUUACCUCUGCAACAUAUGGAAAAAGUGGUAUCUGGGCUGUUGGCUGAAGUGGGCCUGUAUUCAUCCAAAACAAAGGGAACUCCCCAGGGUGCUUGCAGACGGGACAAGCAGGAAGGCAACAAGGACGUUGCUUCACUGGAUAAUGGACAGAUGAGAGAGAACACAGCAGGUUCUCAGCUGGAAAGUUCUAAAAAAGAUGAGCCAUCAGAAGAUCAAGGGAAAGACUUUGGUACUAGUUCAGAAGUUGCUGAAUGUGAAAAAACACCCCCAGGCUUGAAACCUCAUAAAUGCUCAGAGUGUGGGAAACGGUUCCAUCAGAUUUCACACCUUAAUAGGCACUUGAGAAUCCACACUGGAGAGAAACCUUACAAGUGUUUGGAUUGUGGGAAAAGCUUCACCCAAGGGUCUUGCCUCCUGGGGCACCAAAGAAUCCACACAGGGGAGAAAGCGUAUUCGUGCUCCUACUGCGACAAGAGCUUCAUCUGGAGCUCCGGUCUACACCAGCAUGAAAAGAUCCACUUGGGAGAGAAACCCUACAAGUGCCUUGAGUGCGGGAAAAGCUUCCACCGCAGCUCGGCCCUCACUGACCACGUGCGAUCUCACACGGGAGAGAAACCAUACACCUGCUCUGACUGUGGGAAAGGCUUCAGCCAGCACUCAAACCUCAUUGUGCACCGGAGGGUUCACACCGGAGAGAAGCCAUACACAUGUUCCAUCUGUGGGAAAAGCUUCACCCGUACUGCGUUACUGAUGGCGCACCUGAGGAUCCACACAGGGGAGAAACCUUACAAAUGUCUGGUCUGUGAAAGGAGCUUCAGGGAGAGACCAGCACUCACUAAACAUAAGAAAAUCCACAUGAGAGAAAAUCUGUAGCAGGCAUGGACUUGAGGGAAAGCCUCUUGUGUUUGUUCCUCUUUUAUAGCUAUAAUUGGCUGCUGUUUGUUUAUCAUCAGUUUAUGUACUUAUGAUUGGCUAUUAUUUGAAAGUCCCUCACACUGCCAUAGGCUGGAACCGACAUGAUGUCAUUGUGCAUGCUAACAUUCCGAGUGUUCGGGGGGAAGUGGUCAGCGACUGACAAGUGUAGCCCCGUUGAAAGGAAGAGACUAGUAUGACUGUAGGGGGAAGUCACACAGGGCCAGAAAACCAGUGGGCAUGAGCAAGAGAACUUUUGGGGUUGAGUUGGGGAAAAGGUGGGCCCGGGAGUCAUGGGGCAGUGAGGCCAAAUUGUUAGGGGUGGGAACUUAAUUUCACAUAACUGGUGGUAAAAUAACUUGUCACUAAUUUGGAUGCAGGUCUCCUGGGCAAGAACAGAAAAUCUAACACUGAAGAGGCUAGUCUUUUUUCCAUUUGAAUAGCCCAUGUGCCUUGUUUCCCAGCAAGAACACCCAGCCCCUGUGGAAAUGAUUCUUUUGGACCUCCCUUUCACAUUCCACCCUGCUUGUCAACUGUUGCCUAGCAACCAUUGCCUGGGCUUUUCUUCCUUCCUUCCUAGCAUUCCAUUUCCCCAGGUAACCGUUGUCAUUGUCCAUACUCCCAGCCCUGGAAUCAGACACAGUUGUUGCACAGCUAGCUCACAGCACUUAAUAUAGAGCGGUAUUAUGCAGCGAUGCCAUUUCCCAUGGCUUUACAAUGUCUACUGACAAGUACCACUGAAUAAAGAUCCUUUCCAAUGUUAACUGAAAACUUCUUGUUUGCAGGUCCUAGCUGAUUUAUUGCAGAUCUUGUUCAUUGCAGCUCGGGAAUUAGUGAUGAAUUUGCCCUUAUUGAUUAGCUUCUGGGGAAGGGGCUUUAAUUACUGUCUUCCUUGGAUUAUUUAUUAUUAUUAUUUUGUUCUGUUUUGUAGCAAAAUAGAGCUAUUUUGAUUUGAAAUAACAAUUCAAGGAAAGCAGUGAAAAUGCCCCCCCCCCAAACAAAACAAAACAAAACAAAAAACAGAAGGUAGAAACUGCUGGGAGAGAAGAAAAGCAGAGCUGGUCUUGUGGUAGCAAGCAUGAAUUGUCCCCUUUGCUAAGCAGGGUCUGCCCUGGUUGCAUUUGAAUGGGAGACUACAUGUGAGCACUGUAAGAUAUUCCCCUUAGGGGAUGGGGCUGCUCUAGGAAGAGCACCUGCAUGCUUGCAUGCAGAAGGUUUCAGGUUCCCUUCUUGGCAUCUCCGAGAUAGGGUUGAGAGAGACUCCGGCCUGUAACCUUGGAGAAGCCACUGCCAGACUGUGCAGAUGAUACUGAGCUAGAUGGACCAGUGGUCUGACUCAGUAUGGCAGCUCUUCCUAUAUUCCUAACUGACUCUAACUCUACCACUGUUCCAAGGCCUCCUGCUAUCUCAAAAGACGCCACCUUUUCUUUCUUGCUGCCCCUUAUUCCUAGAGUGACUUCCUUGACCACUUUAUCAUGUUAACACCCUGGGGGCAUCAUCAGGACUGAAUUGGGCCCUGGCCAAAGGCCUGCAGCCGAUUGUGAGGCCUCAGGGCCUAUGUGUGGAGUGGGGGGGGGGGCGUGCUGAGAAGAGAGAGUGGCCUGCUCAGGGGCAUUCCUGUUUGUGGUUGGUGAGCAGGUGGGCAAAGGCCUUGAUAACCCAAGAGACUUGUGGUGGCACUGCUUCCUUCCGUUCCCUCUUGGCAAAGGGACUUCCUCCCAGAUUUCUCUGCAAUGACACAAGAUAUAUGGGACGAAGACCCACUUGCCAAGGGGGAGGGAGGAGGAAGAGCCAGUGCUGGCUGACUCCUUUUCUCUCCCACCGACCUCCUUGGCCAACAUGGGAGGGGAAUCUGGCAGUGGUGGCAGCUCCUCUUUCUCUCACCCUCCAGUGCUGAAAAAGAGUCUCACAGAGCGCCCACCCCAACCCAUUGUUCCUCCAUCCGCCCAGAGGGAGAGUGGGAGGAGCCAUCUACUACCUAUUCUCCAUCUCUUCCCAUUCAGGUAAGCUGGGGGGGGGACACACACCAGGGACUGGAGAAACAAGGGCUGGGGUGGGGAGUCUGGUGCAGGGCUUUACCCAAGGAGCCCUUCAGCUUGGGGCUGCCCCUGUGUUGCAACCUCCCUUAUUUCCUUCAAAACUCACCUUUGCCCCAAAGCCUGAGGCUUACAUCCUAUCAGUCUUCUGCCCACUGCUUUUGCAAACAUUCAGAAACGGCCAAGCUUACUGAAGUGUUAAGGUUUAAAGAAGGGAGACUGAAGAGGUUGGCCGUUGUUUAUCACUGAAUUUUGGAGGGGUAAUGACUAUGUUGAUUUGUAAAUGAACAGUGUUUUUGGUUUGUUUUUGUAAAACAUUUUGUUUGUUCUUUCUGCCUUUUUGUUGUGGAAGGAAGCAAUGGUUCAUCAUGUUGGUUUUUAAUGGUAUAAGUCAAUAACAAGAUUUAAAAUGAAAUUUGAAUUGUAUGCGGGGACCUGUUUGGGGUUGCCUUUUUUGUACAUUGAUGGCACAAUAUUAAUAAUAAUUUAAAACCAUGCUGAAGAACA